AAUAGGGUUUAGCUUAGGCGAGUAAGGGAGGAGAUACAUUACUCUAUAACUUCUAUCUUUAAUUUUUCGAAUCAUCGGUUUCGAUUUAUGGAUACUAGCAUUAUCUAUCACUAAAUAACUGCCUUUAAAGAUUCAUCCUCAUCCAUAAUAUCAAAAAGCUCAUUGACAGACUUAAUAAAAUGAGCAGUUGUUGUAUCUUUUGAAGCUGGUUUUACAUCAACUGCACUGGUGUCAUCCUCCUGAGUUCCUUCGUCGUCGUUAGUCUCAGCUACACCCCUUUUCUUUCCACUGUUACCUUUUCUCUUCUUUUUUGGCAAGAGUGUCUGUUUCAGGUUUGGGAGGGGAAUUUUUCAAAACGACAUGAAUUACUGCAGACGAAUGCAUGGCUAGUCAAUUGAUAAAACAUCUUUUAUGAAUAAACAAUUUUUUCUUUUUCUUUUCUCUCUUUUCUUUUUCAUAAAAUGACUACAAUUACUUUCCCUUCUUUAAGAAACUGUAUAUUUAUACAAAUGUGGUUGCUUUUGGUGCGGAUAGGAGUGUUCUCUAGCCAUUCCCUCUCUAUCUGGUGCUCUGCGAACAUGUCCGAUAGAUGGUGGCCCCUAAGAAAAAAAAAAGGUUGGUGCAUAAGUGACUACAUUUGUCUGCGGAAACAGCAAGGUCAAAAAAUUCAACUUGGCCUAAAUGAACAAGAUCAGCCUCUGUAUUGGUCGUUUCUCUUAUAGCCAAAAAUUAAUUAGUCCUUUACCUCCCAAUCUUGGGAGUAUGGGCCAAUAUUAUUGGUGCUUUAUGAAUAAGAUUAUUUGUUC